UCGAUCCUUCAGCUUACUUCCUCCUGUCCUACACGUAGCUUGCAGUCGCAUAACCUGGACGUAGCUUAUAAGUUAUUGUGAAAGCGAGUACUAGACGGAUAUUGGCCACGGUCAGGCCUAGAAUGCCACCCAGGGUUGUCCAAGCAACCGAUGUUGGGCAUGGCCCUCGUGCCUGGUAUGAAAGUCUACCGCCUAUCACACGCGCAUAUGGGACAGUCUUGGCUGUACUGGCUCUGUCGGCAAGCUUCAAAAUGAUCACCGGAUUUUACUUGGUUUUGAUUUGGCAACGGGUCUUUAGUCAUUUCGAGGUGUGGCGCCCGCUGACCACCUUCCUGUUCGGCGGCAGAGUGAACCUCACAUUGAUCUUUCACUUGGUCUGGCUGGUGACGUACGGCAAGGUGCUGGAGACGCAGGUCUUUCAGUUCCAGCCCGCCGACUACCUCUUCAUGCUGCUCUUCGGCGCGGCCUCCAUCUUGGCCAUGGGAGCCGUGCUGCAGUAUACGGUCGGCGUGGCCCUGUUGGUGAACGCGGCUGCUCUGAUCUUUAUGGUCAUGUACGUGUGGAGCCGCCAUUUCCCGGAUCAGGUGCUUUCCAUCUGGGGCCUAUUCACCAUCAAGGCCUUUUACCUGCCCUUCUUUUACGUGCUAUUGGACUAUCUGGUAACGACAGAAAUCCCCUGGGGGCCAUGCCUCGGCAUUGCGGCGGGCCACUUGUACUUCUAUUUAGAGGACCUGUACCCAGCCAUGGGAGGUCCAAGGCUGCUGAGGACGCCCCAGUUUCUAAAGAACCUCCUCGCGGACUGGGGCGUGGGCCGCCGCACCAAUACGCACGCGGCUCCGGGACAGGACGCCUUCCGUGCGUUCCAGGGGCGAGGACAGCGACUGGGCGCCAGCUGACGAGGGAAAGGAAAGGCGGGUAUGUGCAUGUGUGCAUAGUGCUAUGUUGUCCCUGUUGCGCGAGCUUUACAGAACUGCGAUUGUGCCGGGGUUGGGCGGGGUAAUGGGGAAACA